AUGGACAUCAUCAGCAAGAUUCAUCCUUCAUCUUCCAAGGGGCAUUACUUCAUUCUCGUAGCUACCGACUACUUCACGAAGUAUGACAUUCCCAAGACAAUAACCACCGACCAAGGGACCACAUUAAUGAGCGCGAAGGUUAAGCCCUUUACAGCCCAAUACUGGAUCCAACUGCUUCAUUCCUCUCCGUAUUACCCACAGGCUAAUGGGCAAACCGUGGCAACAAAAAAAAAAAUCUUGAUUUCAUUAUCACGAAGGCGUUGGAGGACAAUCCGAGAGAUUGGCAUGACACUUUUGAGGAGGCUUUAUGGGCGUAUCGGAAUGCCAAAUCCCCUGUAA